AUGCAAUCGGAGCGGAGUCCAACUCUGAUUCCUUCCAUUAAUGCUGGAGUUUGGGAGCAAGGGGUGUCAACGCGAGUGGUCCUAUUCAGAGACUGGGUCUGGAAGGAUGGCAGCCCGUCGAGCGUGAGCUUCGCCGGUGUGCAGAAGCUAGACGGCAAGGCUGAGCCGGACACGAUGCAGAGCGCAGCGGCGUUCAGAGUUGAAGCGGCGGGCCUGAUUGGCGUGCAUUACGACACUAGCCAGCCAUCGAUUUUGCUGUCUCGAAGCCCACGAACGAAGCGCAAGCUGGCAGAGGCAGGGCUGGAAGUGCCCGACAGCGAAGAUGACGAGGAGUACGGGUGGGAGCGGGAGGACGAUGCGGCACUUCCCGGGAUGCCGCCGCAAUGGCAAGGCAGCGAAGAUUUACUCCUGGGGACGCAGGCCGAAAGCGACGACGAGGACGGCGACGGAAGCGGCGGCGAUGGUGGUGACAAGGACGACGAGGCAGAAGAAGUGGAGGCUCAGAACGGCUAA